AUGAGUUCGGACAUCGAGGUCAAGAGUACGGAGGCCGGCAGCGCACCUGUUGACACUUCUGCAGCUUCGUCGCCCGGAGCAACGGGAGCUCAUGGACCAGGAAGCGGGCACACUUCCUUGUCGCUGCUUCGCACAGACGCCACACCGUCCUCUGCGACACUGUCUCCUGUAGUGGAAAACCCGAGCGACACCACUCAAGGCGAUGCAGCCUCUCUUUCUGGACGUAAACGACGACUCAGCUUCAAGGAUAGGCAGCGCCAUCGCGCUGGUGCUAGCGGCAGCACUGACCUUGAGCUCAGAGCUAUAAACAGUCGCCCGGUGCACUCUCCCAUGAGCACCGCGUCUUUGUCCUCACCCCUAACGUUAGACCUUUCUCCCGCUCGCGAGCACCCUUUCCCGCAUCCGGCCUUGAAGAGGACCGCGGCAGCAGCAUCCCCACCUCUUACUGCGUGCGUAUUUACAGAGAUGGGGCCUUCUCACAGAGGUGGCCGCGCCGAUGCGUCCCGUGCACCAAGUCAGACGCCGAUCACCCUCACCGGCCCGGAUGCACUGACGGCGGCGGUGGCCGUGGAGGAAGGCCCUAGUGUGCCUGACUCCAUGGUGUUGCGCGCCACCUCGUCGAACUUCUCCUUCACGAGCAAGCCGACUGGCUCACUACAUGAGCACUCUGGCAGCCUCGCAUCUGCGUCGCAACUGCAGAGUCCACUAAGCCUGCUGCCACAGGACACCGCCAGCGCAGCAGCGGCACCUCCGCCGCAUUUGCCCUCGUCCCUGAUGUUGUGCACCUCUGCCAGCUCAUCAUCCGGCAACGCGGCGGCUCAGAUAAACGCCGACGACACGAGGGCGCCUCUCCCGAAGCUGCGGACACCGACCACCAUUGGUAGCUCCACGACCUCUCCAAUCGGGUUUGGCAGCCGAAUGACGCUGCAGGAGCUGCGCACACUGUCGCCCGUGUCGUCCACCUCGACAAGCUCGCCCAGGAUGAGCUUCAAGGAUCGGCAGCGCGCUGCCGUCGCUUCGCGGAAGCCCAUCAUCGCUGCCGGCGCCUCUGUUCUGGCGAGAAGCUCUCCUCGAGAAGUUGUUGCAAGCUCAAGUUUUACUGCCCCGUCAGAGAGCAGCGUGGCUACCCCGUCCUCCUUGCCUGCAGCCAGCACCGCGCAACUCGCACCGCACAGCAUAGCGGCUGCAUUGCCGGAGAGAGCCGCCUUCAGUGCGAUGACGCCCGGGACGCAAGUGCCGAGCCCGCUGCCUGGUUAUCCUUCCCUCAGCACAUCGACCCCGUUUCAGAAACUCGACCCGGCUGCGCAAGUGGACCCCACAGAACUGGGGUGUGCGGAUAGAGAUCGCAAUACGAGCACUGAGGAUACAAGCGAGUUGCCAGCGACCCGGUCACUUUCGCGACUGCCGCUCGCCAAGCUCACUGCCACUGAGAGCGUGAGGCCGUCCCCUCCACCACUGGCUACCGCCCCUCCUGCGUUGGCCUCUCACCUGAAGAGGUGCACACCGUCCGGGCCCUCGGCACCCGCCUCGACGAAGCCCCAGUUCCGUUUCUUUGCUCAGGGCUGUCAGGCAGAGGAGGAGGAGGACCAGAGCUCAGGUGCCACCUGUAGAGGACAUUCUGGCCAACCGCGUUGGCUUCGGGACCGCAGCGGCAGCGCCGGCACGGCCUCCACCAACCCCGCCGACGCGGACGUGGGCGAGAAAAGUUAUGUGGACGACGACGAGGAGAGCCUGCUGGCCUGCACGCAGAACGAGGCGCGUCUGCAUUUUUACGACCCUAACAUCGAGUCGGCGCCAAUGGAGUUUAACAUGGCGAGCCCGUGCGCGCGGUAUAACACGAACUCUAGUGCGUCUGCCUCACGCGAAAGUGGCAUCGCUGAGACAAGGAACUCGACAGAGCGCUCUGAAACCAUGCGUGAAGGUCCGGGACGGUCGGAGACGAUGCCGAGCAUGCUCACCGGCGAGUCGGGGCCGGAUGUGGUGAAGGCGGCUUGUCUUUCAAAGCCUCUCUGGUGCUAUACGCGAGCACGCACCGAGAGCCUCGAGGCAGCCCCUCAGUCCACUGGUAGUAGCACGGCGUCGCGACUUGUUUGUGCGGAGGGGCCACAGACGUCGUCGUCGACUGACUCGCGACAGGUGAACGUGAAAUUUGAGCAGCACCACUACAGUGACAACGCAUGUGGUGCGGCGCCCUUACCGGCUGCUGUUCGCACGAUGCGCGCGCGGGCCUCCAGUAGCAUUGUAGACCGGUGGAGGCAGUAUCAGCAGCCGCACACGUCGCAGCAGGACGCACAUGUGACUCGCGGGCUUUCCUCAACACACUCCACGCUAGCACCCGCUCUUUCUGAAAGCUCCGUAUCUUUGGGCAGCACUCAGCUGAGCUGCACGGCACUCCCACGCAGGCGUCAUCGCAGCAAGAUGCUGGCGCCGGACGGUGCCCUAAUCGCCACCUCGAGCGCUGGUCGCUUGGGGGGCGCAGAGAGCAGCCGCGUCUUCUCGCCUUCGGCUGCGGGACACCAUCGGCGCAGUCACACGCUCGAUGACUUUGCACUGAUGGCGCUUGCGUCUGGAAACCGUAGCGGAGCGACGCCGAGCUCCGUUACACCGGAGCCACUGUCGCUGUCAUCGCGGUCCACGGCGGCGUUUCGGUCGACCGUCAACGCGCGCUUCCCUCCGCUUUCGACUCACACAGCGGUGGUGGUUUCACAGGGUGUUUCCGCAGGCUUAGCCGACGAGCGCAGCACCCGCGGUGACCUGCCGAUUCCGCUUGGCCCAAUCCCAGCCGGUGCGUUGCCGCUGACGGCGACGUCCAGCGGGUCGUCGGCGUCGGGGUCGGCCGAGCAAAGCUUCAACGCUGGCGUCGUCUCGAUCUUCUCCUCCGGCGUCUCUCCGAUGCCGACAGUGCGCAAGCAAGCGAGCAGCCACGCCAACUCGCUCGGCAAGGUCUCGUCGGCGUUGGCAGCAGCGCUGAUCGCGCCUGCGCCGUCAGUCGAGGACCUUUCCGCGACAACGCCAACGGUCAACGCUGACACCCCUGCUGGCUGCAGCUCCGUGGAUGAGUUGAGCACUCACACCAUGCGGCGGCGGUCGAGUGUGGUCGACCCUGGCGCCUGCCCUUCCACGGGCGGCGGCGCCGUUGCCAACACGGCGAACCCGGACGACGCAGAAGACUCUGAUGGAGACUAUCAGCAGCGCACCGUCUAUAGCUACCACGGCGGCGACAGCAUUAUGAGUGCAACCACGGCCGAGCUGCGAAAGCUGCGUCGCCGCAGCAAUUACUCCAGUCUGCACUACGGCACCAUGACGAGCUACUACCACAAGCGCAACGAGCAGCGACACGGAGGCGUGGCAGCCUCGCAGCCUGGUCGACGCCGCAGCGGUGGUGGUCGGCGGCGGCACCGCGCCGGCGCCGGGGUCGACAGCAAGGAGUCGACCUCUCUUUUUUUACAGACAGGCGUCUUUGCGCGAGACAGUGCCGGCAGCAGGCCGGACGGAGCGAACAGCGAAGACGACGUUGAAACGGUUUGGGAGCAGAAAGGCAGCGACGAGGCUGCCGCUUCAAAGGAGGAAGAGGGACGUGUUGGAGGGGCAGCGGCAGGGCAGCGGCGCCACCACCGCGGAGAUCAAGCGAAGGAUGACGCGUUCACUGCUGCGGCGGCGGCGGCUGACGACGACGACGGAGAUGCUGCACAGCGCCGCACGGUGGGUAUGUGGACAUCGGUUGAGCACGUCUUCCUGCCUCGGUACGAGGUCGUGCCAGAGGCGGCGUCGACGACGCCGCUCACCGUCCCUGCAUCGCCGAAAAGCAACACGAACGCCAGCACUAGCGCUGUAACCAGCGACCCCGAAGCGAAACAGCGCCACGGCUCCUCGUAUGGGAGCAUUCCCGACAAGAAGAAAAAUGGGACGCCGAACUUGACACCCGCCAGUGACCAGCAACCGCCUCACCCACUGCCCCCUGCCGAUGCAAGCCCCAUAUCUAUACCAGCCGGCUCGCCGUCCUUGGGAGCUGCCAGCAGCCAUCUCAUGACGCCGGCGCCCCUGACUCCAAAAGGCAGCCCCUUCACGGAUCCGAGCGGCAACGCCGGCGGCUCGCGCCCGAGUGGCCUUGUUGUGCUGCCGGAUGCCGACUGUAGCGUUGAUGCGAGGGCGUCUGUGUCACUUUCGUGCAGUCAGUUCCGCCGCACUCCUGCGCAGGCCUCCGGCACGAUGCGUCUCGAGCCAGAGGAUUUUACGUUUGGAACGGUGGCCGCCGAGUACAACGUGGACCCGGCGGAUGAGGAGGAGUUCCCGCAGGGCUCGUGUGAUGCGAAGGUGGCGGCGCGGCUCAUCUUCGACGCCGCUGCCGGCGUUAUGCUUAUGGACCUGGAAGACGAGGUUGGCCGGUACGAGCGGCACGGGCACAUGCCACCAGACGAUCGAGGGAGUCUCACGGCGCCGCUGGAACACACGGAGGAAGGAUCUGGAGCCAAGGGCGACCACGACGCAUGCGAUGAUGAGGCCAACGAUGGUGCGUGCCACUGCAAUGCAGCCUUCAUUGCAAAGGACUUCAAGGGACCGGACUGCAGCCGAUACGAUGCGAAUGACCUCUACGAUCACUGCAGCCGCUGCCAUCGGCGGCCAGCUGCUUUUCUGUGCCUGCACUGUCUUGAGGCGGUGUGUCCGUCACACGUCCGCCGCCACCACUUGCAGAACCCGAGCGUGUGCACGCUAUUUCUGAAUCUUCUAGACAUCAUGAACAGCUUUGACCGCAUCUUUUGGUGCGAGAAGUGUCAGCAAUUCACGUGGAAGCACACCGAGGUCUACGACGCGUUGGUGGACCAGAUCGCCUUCACACGCGGCACAUAUCUGAAGCGCCCCGCACGCGACAUCCACUGCGUCGGCUACGAGGUGCGACUGAAGGACGUGACAGCAUCGGCAGCGGUACGCCACGCUCCAGGGUCAGCGGUCGGCGCCGAGGCCCACGCACGUGCGCAUUCCAUCGACAACGUGCCCCCCGCUGCGAUUCUCAAUCAGACACUGUCUGAUUUGUGGAUCCCUGCCGCUCUACAAAACGUCAUCUCCUCGCCAGCCACGGAGGCGUUCACGGCGGCGGAAAUGCUGCCCGCAUCUGCAAACCCGCUGCAGCGGGCCUCCAACGCGUCUGCGCUGCCAAACGGAGGGGCACAGUUGCCGAUGGGAACAGAUGCCAGUGCCCUUGAUCUCUCCCCCAAAUCCCUGUCCAGCGGCGGCGCGCUGGUGCGGCAGCGCCAGACCACGGUUGCGAGCAACUCCCUGUCACAACUCCCCGCGCGCUCGCCAAUGCAGCAGUUCCUCAGCCGUGACCUGCUCGACUUCUCUGCCGGCAACACCGUCACCGUGGGAGAGCCGGUUACAAAGCUGUGCGCCCUUGCCGCCAGUGUGCAAGGGUGGCGUACGACACAAGAGGACGCCGAGGCGGUGUUCUUAGUCGACAUCCCGGCCAUCUCCGAGGAGGUGGUGAACCGCAAGGAGCUCCGGGAAGUGGCGGCCGCUGCAGCAGCAGCCGAUGCGGCAGCGAAGAAGACGCUUGGGGCUCUGGACCGCGGAGAUACCCACCGACUCGACUCCUCGCUCAUGGUCGACGGCAGCUACGAACUCAGCGCGUCGUCUGCCUCCGAGAACUCACCGGAGUUAAACUCGGCACUGCGCCCUAGUGACUCCGGGGCACACAAGAGGCGCGACACGGGUGAUGAGGAGGCAGCAUCGACCGCCGCAGGAGCUGCGAAAGAAGAGGCGGAGGCGGCGCCGAAGGAGACGAUGCCGAUGGCGGUGUUCUGCAUGUUUGAUGGGCACGGUGGCGAUGCAGUGGCGAAGCUGGCAGCCCGCCACUUCGAGGCGCACCUGCGGCGUGCGAUCGAGGAAACGCGCCCCGAUGACGUGCGUGCCCGCGCGCUCUUGUUCUUUCUCAAGGCAGAGACGGACUCUGCUGCUUCUGCGGGGGCGACAGCGCCGUGGCUGCCUCAAUCCGUGUCGGCAGUCCCGGCGGGCGACGGCAUUUUAAACUACGCUGCCCCGCUCGCUGACUCGCUGAACACCCCCUCAGGUCCCGCCGCGUCGAGCCCGCCGCCGUCUCUCGAUGCCGCCUCCGGCCGUAUGCCGCACUCCCACUUCUCCUCCCCUCUCCAGAGGCCGUCUGGCAGUGCGGCCGUGUCGGUCCCUUUCGACCGCUUCUCCGCCAAGCGAUCGGAGGCGAACGGCGACGAAACUGCUUCGCCUCCCAAGACCGCCGACGUCCCGUUCACCCUGUCCGAUGAGCUGCGCAGCGCGUCUUUCGCCGGGUCUUUCUCCGUUCUUGUCCCUGUCACAGCUGAGUCGCUGCGCCUCCACGCUGCAGCUGCUACCCUUGGGGUGGGAGAUGCAGGUAUAAAGAGGACGUCGCCUGCAUUCGACGACGCAACUGGGGCUCUGGGAGGCAAGAACCAGCACCCCGGCAGCACACAGGCGGACACCGUCUUGACCACCAACAAACGCGUCAGCAACUCGCAUUCCUCGAAUCGAAACCGCAAGUGCGGGGUAACGCUGGAUGCGUGGGAGGCAGUGGAGGAGCCGUUGCCGGACAUGGUCGCUGUCGCGGCAGGCGUUGGAUCCCCUCGCACCGGGGUGCUCCUGCCGAGGUCGAUCGCCGCUGCAGAGGAACUGCGGCAUGGGAGCGGCUCGAGCUACAACCCAAACCCGGCUGCCGGAAACGUUGCCAUUUGCCCGUCCCCGGCGGCGGUGGUGUCGAUCCCGGAGAUGGAGAUGCUCCGACAGUACUUCGCCAGUAUCAUGGAGGAUGCACUGAUGUCUCUCGACGACUACCUGCGCUCGACUCCGGAGGGGGUGCGUGGGGACUACGACUGCGUGGGCUGCACGGCAUGUGUGGUGGGCAUCACCGCCAACUUCGUUCUCUGUGCGAACGUCGGCGACAGCGGUGCCGCCUUCUACACUAAGGACCGCAUGAAGGUGAUCAGCGUGAAGCACCGCGUGUCGGACGAGGCGGAGCAGGCCCGCAUCCACGCCGCCGGCUACAACAUUAUUAACGGUCGUAUCGAGGGCAUGUCUGCCGUGCCGCGUGCUCUGGGCGACUUCGACUUCAAGCAGUGCGGCGGUCGCGGGCCGCGCAAGCAGGCCGUCUCCGCCGUGCCGGACGUUACGAUUAUGCCGGUGCCAAGCGACACGGAUCAGUGGGGCAUCGUGCUUGCCUGCGAUGGCGUAUGGGACACGGCGACACUGCACCAGGUUCAUGUGGCGCUCACGAACACCGUCAACGACCUUGCCGUGUCUGGCUCAGCGAUGGAUGCUGUGCUGCGUGGUGCCGAACUCUAUCAGAACCGCCUACGAGGCCCAUCCGUUGCUGUAGGGGGGUCACCGUGGAGCUCGUCCUCGGUAUCGCCGUCGCGUGCAGGCGGUCCUUUGCACAGCAGUGAGGCACUCGGAAACAGCCACAAGACCCCGUUGCCCACCAAGGGCGGAAGCUUUACCUCGAGGGCUGUCACAGAGGAGUCCAUGAUCAGGUAUUACGAUGACGACGACGAAGGUGCUGCCCCGCGACUUACACAAGUAGAUGCGAUUCUUCUCACGGCCGCCGCCGGCGUGUUUGCGCAGUGUGUGGCGCCGGAGGACAACGACGAGGGUGUCGGCCUCGACAACUGCAGCCUCAUCAUUGUCGAGCGGCGUAACGUGCAGGAGUGA